AUAAAAUAAAAUCUGGGUUUGUUGUCCGACAAUACCUCGUAGCCAGAGGUCAAAUACGUCGUCGAUUGUGAAUAUUUUGUACGUAUACACAUAUAUUUAAGGCAUGAUAUUCUCAACACAAUAAUCAUUACCCAGUUUGUAUAGCCAAUUAUCAUCAUGACGACUCAAUACAAGGCUACCACGCAUCACUACCUGUCCCUCGAUGUGGCUGAUAAGGGCGUGCAAGCUAUGUACGUCUGGAUCGACGGCACUGGGGAAAUGGUUCGUUGCAAGACGCGCACUCUUAAGAAACUACCCAAGUCUGCCGAUGAGCUUCCCAUCUGGAACUACGAUGGUUCAUCCACAGGCCAGGCUGAGGGUGAGGACUCUGAUGUACUCAUGAAGCCUGUUGCUAUCUACAAGGAUCCCUUCCGUCGUGGAGAUAACAUCAUCGUACUCACAGAGACCAUCAUGCCCGAUGGCACUCCCCACCCCACCAACAACCGUAACCACGCUGCGGCUAUCUUGGAGAAGUGCAAGGACUCGGAGCCUCAGUUCGGUAUCGAGCAAGAAUACACCCUCUUCGAGAGCGACGGUAUUACCCCACUUGGCUGGCCCAAGGGUGGUUACCCCGGACCCCAGGGACCUUACUACUGUGGUGUAGGUACCGGAAAGGUAUGGGGACGUGACAUCGUCGAGGCUCACUACCGUGCCUGUCUGUACGCUGGUGUCAAGAUUUGUGGCUCCAACGCCGAGGUUAUGCCUGGCCAGUGGGAGUACCAGGUAGGUAUCUGUGACGGUAUCGAGGCCGGAGAUGACCUUGUGAUGUCGCGAUUCAUCAUGCACCGUGUGUGUGAGGACUUCAAUGUCAUCUGCUCAUUCGACCCCAAGCCCAUCCCCGGAGACUGGAAUGGUGCUGGUUGCCACACCAACUGCUCCACCAAGGAGAUGCGUGCCGAGGGCGGUAUGAAGGCUAUCUUGGCCGCCAUGCCCAAGCUUGAGGCUGUGCACGAGAAGUGCAUUGCUGUUUACGGUAAGGGUAACGAGCGUCGUCUCACUGGAGCUCACGAGACUGCCUCUAUGGAUUCGUUCUCAUACGGUGUAGCCCACCGUGGAUCUUCCAUCCGUAUCCCCCGUCAGUGUGAUAUUGAAGGCAAGGGUUACUUCGAGGAUCGCCGACCCGCUUCCAACAUGGACCCAUACUUGGUCACUGGUAUCAUUGCUGAGUACGCUUUCUGCCAGUAAGUGCAGCAGAAGAGAGGUUUAGGUCGUUUGACUAGGACAUAUGCCACUUGUCAUGCAAGUUAUACCAUAGGAUCGGAUAUAAUAUGAGAAUCGUUAGGAAACUGAGAAUAAAUUACCUGUUGCAUUGAAAA